CAAAAACAUAUGACAAAUUACAUUGUACAAAACCAGCACAACACUGACUUUAAAAAAUUUACAAAGAUACAAGUUACACAAUUACAGAAGUUGAAGAUGUUAUCCUAUUUCGUGGGGUUGGAAGAAGAAUUGGUCUACUUUCUUGUAGCCGAAAUUGUUGUUUUCUUUUCCAUUUUCGUGAUGCGAAGCCUACUGAAACCUGACGACACUGUUUUGAAGGCUUUAUGGCAAAGGGAGGAUGAAGAUGAAGUAUUUUAUGAUGCUCUGAGCUGUAAGAAGAUAUAAACACCUUAUUGUAACAGGAAUAAUACAAGUUUCAAUAUGAGAUGUCUUAUUGUCUGAUAUUUCUGUUUUAAUAUAAAGCUUUAAAUUG